GCUUGACAGCAUAACAACAGAAGCAGGAGCGAUUUUAUUAUACCUCAUCCCGUUUGUAUAUGUAAGAAAAAUCCUGUCUCCAGGAGAAAAGCUCUGAUCGAUCAGCCGCUCCGACAUGAGGAUGAAGGUGUCGCAGCCGGACGCCGACGGGGACUUCAGCUCGUCUCCGGCCGAGACCGACAGCCACCAGAGCUGCGAGGACACCGAGGACGAGGAGGCUCCGUCCCCUGUCCAGCAGGAGGAGGACGCCCCUGACUCGGAUAAGGACCACCCCCGGCCAGGAGGCGGAGUCAUGUGGAGAGUGGGCGGCGGCCUGUUCAGCAUGACGAGAAACGUGGUGGGCGCCACCAUCGGGGGCGUGGCCUGGGUGGGAACCAAAAGCUUGGAGCUCACCAAGACGGCCGUGACCGGCGUCCCCACGGCCGGCGCCGGACUGGUCAAAGGAAGCAUCUCCAUGGUGACGGGCGGCGUCGGCGCCGUGGGCUCCGCCGUGGCCUCAAAGGUCACCAGCAAAAAGAAAGACAAAGCCGACUGAGACCCCCGGGAGAGACCCCCGGGGGGACGGACUCCCCGGAGGACAGAGCAGAACGUCCCGGAACUCAGACCUGAAGCCCUUCAUUCACUCACGCAGCUACAAUCUGGAAACCGUUUAACCAGCGUCCAAUCAGUGACGAGCACCGGGCGGAGAGCCCCGCCCCCCCGUGACCCAGCUGUGGUGGACUCCACCACCCAUCCAGACCCGGUUCAGACCACCACUUGUCCAGACCAUGUUCAGACCAGAACCCAACCAGACCCCGUUCAGACCCGUUCUCACCUGCUGGCUGAACUCAGACUGAAACUCCUGAGAACUUUUCUGAAAUGUUCAGUUCUUCUCGCUCAGACUACGGGAUCCUGGACGUUUCCGUCAAACUGUCCUGAUGGUCCACUCGCCGUGGAGACCGUCCUCUGGUUCUCCUCUCAUCUUUCUGUCACAAUUCAAAAUGAACAAAAAGCAUUAAAGAAGCCAGCUGGUCCUGAGGAGGGUUCCCUGGCAGCUCCAGGACCCUGGACAGUUCUCUCUGCGUUCAGCAGGGUUCUGCUGCGUUUCAGUGUUUUUCCAGUGGAUUCAGGGGAUCCGUGUAAAUAAUCUAUAUGUUUCUUACUUCUUUCUGUCUGUUGAUCAAAGUUGUAGUUUAGAACUUGUCUUGUAGAACCGAGACAGGAAGUGGAAGGAUGGAGCGUGAACCAGCAGUUUACCGUGUUUCACACAGGAUGAGCCUCAUGACAGCAGAAGAGUGUCGGCCUUUACGUUUUUAAACCCAGACAGCAUUGAUUUGUGCGUUUUGUGCAUCGGAGGAGGAGGAAGCUGCGAUUUUGCUGAAUUUUGUUGAAAUUUAAAAAAAGAAGUGCAUGUUUUUGUUCUCGGAUGUUUCUGAUUACCGUGUUUUCUGGAUUGUAAGUCAGAAAAAUGUCACGAAGAGACAAAAAGACACAUUAAAGGUUUGAACCGACUGUGCUGGUGGAUGCAGAUCUGAGAUCAGUUCUGGGUUCCACCGCGUGGACUGGAGGCCUGCUCACAUCCUGGUCCGCUGGUUUGAGUCCAAACUUCACAGGAUGUCCAGGUCAGAGCAGCCUCCAUCAGUCUCUGAUCGUUCAGCUGUUUAUUUUGACCCAACAAGCAAUAACAAUCAUCAUCUUCAUCAUCGUCAUCGUCACUACGGUUCAGAGACAGGAAGUGAAACUGUAAUCCUGUCAGUUUCUGCUUUCCAGUCGCUUCAGAUUAAACCUGAAUGUUCGAUGCUU